GUAUAUAUAGUGAUUGUGAUGCCGACGGCCAACCAAAUACGAAUUCUCAUUAUUUAUUUUUCUUCCCAGACUUUUCUUCGGUGAAAUCCCCCCCCCCCCUCUCUCUCCCCUUUUUUUUCUCUCUCUCUCUCUCCCUCUCUCUCAGCUACAACCACUGUUACAAUAUACUUAUACAUAGUUCUAUUUGCAGGGAUUUGAUCUGCGUGUUGCAGAUUUUUGUAAUUUAGAGCAAAAAUGUCGGGAGGUGGAACACAGAGUAGUUUGAGAAAAGCACUUGGAGCUAUCAAGGAUACAACAACUGUCAAUUUGGCUAAAGUGAAUAGUGACUAUAAGGAGUUGGACAUCAACAUUGUUAAAGCAACUAAUCAUGUGGAGCGCCCUGCAAAAGAAAGGCACAUUAGAGCUAUUUUUGCUGCCAUCUCUGCUACAAGGCCUCGUGCCGAUGUUGCAUACUGCAUUCAUGCUCUUGCAAGACGCUUAUCGAGGACACAUAAUUGGGCGGUUGCCUUGAAAACUUUAAUUGUCAUUCAUCGAGCUUUGAGGGAAGUGGACCCCACAUUCCAGGAAGAGCUUAUAAAUUAUGGCAGGAGCAGAGGGCAUAUACUCAACAUGGCUCACUUUAAAGACGACUCUGGUCCUAAUGCAUGGGAUUAUUCUGCAUGGGUUCGCACUUAUGCAUUAUUUUUGGAAGAGCGGAUGGAAUGUUUCCGGGUGUUGAAACAUGAUGUGGAAACAGAUCGUCCGAGAACUAAAGACUUGGAUACUCCUGAGUUGCUUGAUCAAUUACCAGCUUUGCAGCAGCUCCUCUUCCGUGUUUUAGGCUGUCAGCCACAAGGAGCAGCAGUCCAUAACUUUGUGAUUCAGCUAGCACUUUCUAUGGUUGCUUCAGAAAGUAUCAAAAUAUAUAAUGCCAUAACAGAUGGCACAGUUAAUAUGGUUGACAAGUUCUUUGAGAUGAACCGACAAGAUGCUCUCAAAGCUUUGGAUAUCUACAGGAGGGCAGGGCAGCAGGCAGAGAGACUGUCAGAGUUUUAUGAAAUAUGUAAAAGUGUUGAUGUUGGACGCGGUGAAAGGUUCACUAAAAUCGAGCAGCCACCUGCAUCAUUUCUACAAGCAAUGGAGGAGUAUGUGCGAGAAGCUCCUCGUGCUUCAACUGCUCGCAAGGACUUGGCAAUCGAUGCUCCAAAGGUAAUCCUAGCGAUUGAGUAUGAGAAAGAUCCUGAAGUGCAGGAAAAACGUCCACCAUCCCCACCUCCGCCUGAACCUGAAGCAGUUAAAGUGGAAACUCCUGCUGUUCAACCACCGGAUUUGCUGGGUCUGGAUGAUCCUGUUCCAGAGUCCGCUUCUUUAGAUGAAAAGAAUGCUCUGGCUUUGGCUAUUGUACCAGUUGACAACCAACCAACUACAACUGGACUAGAUCUGGCGAAUGGAGCAACAGGAUGGGAAUUAGCACUUGUUACUGCUCCAAGCUCGAAUGAGAGUGCUGUGGCUUCAAGCAAGCUGGCUGGAGGCUUAGACAAGCUUACACUGGACAGCCUAUACGAUGACGCAAUCGUAAGAAGCAACCAGAAUGUCAGUUCCAACCCGUGGGAACAACCUCAAAUGGCCAAUUUCAUGAUGCCGCAAACAGCAUAUGACCCAUUCUAUGCUUCCAACAAUAUUGCAGCACCACAUUCUGUGCAGAUGGCAGCCAUGAACCAGCAGCAGUCGGCUUUUAUGUUGCAGCAACAGCAACAACAACAGCAGAUGAUGAUGAUGAUGAAUCCCCAACAACAACAGGCCCAAAACCCCUUUGCCAGUCCCUAUGGUGGUAAUGCAUACUCCCAUCCUCCUGGUAUGCCUGUUCAGUACUACAAUCCUUAUACAGGACUAAGGUAGACAACAAACAAUUAAGAACCUGUUCUUUCGUCAAGUACACAGAGGACUACUCAAAAGUUGUAAUUAGUUUUGGCAUCCGAGAUUGGGAGGAUAGUCAGAUAUGUAUUAUAUGUUGUGUAAUUUUAAGAGUUAGGGUGAUUAAUUUUUUGAAUAUAUAAUCAGGGAGACAUGUCUAUACAUUUGUAUUGUCUGUGUCUAUGGGGAAUAAAGUUGUGAGACCUGUGAGGAAUUCUUUUGGCCUGCUUGUGAUUUCAACACCGCAGGAAUUUUAUUCUUUUGUUAAUCAAUAAGUGGAUAGGAGACAUUUUUGUUACUCUUAGUAACAGUAAUUGAUUAUUUGGCCUGUAGAA